GAAAGAAAGAAAAAAAGUUUCAACAACAACAGGCUGGACCAAUAGCAGCGCUCAAAGACAGGGAAGGGGGCCGAGCAAAGGGCGCCGGAGAGUGGAGAAAGGAGAAAGCGGGCCAGCCUGGAGCGCGCGGGGCCGAGGCUAGGCGAGUCGGAGGAGCGUUGCUAAUGUUUUUGUUUGUUUGCUUUUCUAUGCAUGCAUAAUGAGGGGGCGCCGCGGCACCACACGGGGGCUCCCGGCCCACUUUUGUAUUUAAAGCCUUGCCGCGAGCAAGUCCGCAGCCGAGCUCCGCGGAUCCGUUCCCCAGGCUCCGGGUCUCCGAGCAGGGCUGCAGCUCCAAGUUUCGGGGUCCUCUCUGCGCCUGGCGCCCAGAACUUCCCGGAGCGUGGCCCAGGCCAGGGCAGAGGGGGAGGGGACCGAGCGUCCUGGCCGCGGGAAGGCGGGAUGCCAGAGCUGCGAAGUGCUACGCGCUGCUGAGCCCCGGACGGUCUGCAGGCGCCUAGCACCAUGCACCCCGGGCGCCGCGCGCUCCUGCAGACUCGCCGCGUCCCACCGGGGCGGCACUGAGCGUCUCCAGUCGCCGACCAGAGCCGGACCUGAAUCGCCUCGCCUCUCAGGGAGCCCCGGCCGCGGUGCCGGAGCAAACACCCGCCUCGACCAGCCGCCCGACCGCCGGCAUGGAUGGAUGAGGACGCCCAUGCCAGAACUGCGCGGAACUCAGACAAACUUUUCCAGCGGCCCGGCCGCCCGCGCCUCAUCUCCGCUCCGCACCGCGUCGGGCGGCCGCUGCUGCCCGUGAUGCUGGCCGCGCUGCUGGGCGGCGGCGGGGCCCGCACCGGGACUUUGCCGGGCGCCUUGCUGUGCCUGAUGGCGCUGCUGCAGCUGCUGGUCUCGGCGCCGCGGGGCUCGGGGCUGGCGCACGGCCGCCGCCUCAUCUGCUGGCAGGCACUGCUGCAGUGUCAGGGCGAGCCCGACUGCAGCUACGCCUACAGCCAGUACGCCGAGGCGUGUGCACCCGUGCUGGCGCAGCGCGGCGGGGCUGACGCUGCGGGACCCGCCGGCGCCUUCCCCUCCUCGGCCGCGUCUUUCUCGCCGCGCUGGCGCUGCCCGAGCCACUGCAUCUCGGCGCUCAUCCAGCUCAACCACACGCGCCGCGGGCCCGCGCUGGAGGACUGCGACUGCGCGCAGGACGAACACUGCCGGUCCACCAAGCGUGCCAUCGAGCCCUGUCUUCCGCGCACCAGCGGCUUGGGCCCAGGAGCGGGAGCAGGCUCGGUCAUGGGCUGCACUGAGGCCCGGAGGCGCUGCGACCGCGACAGCCGCUGCAACCUGGCGCUCAGCCGCUACCUAGCCUACUGCGGCAAGCUUUUCAACGGGCUGCGCUGCACGGACGAGUGCCGGGCGGUCAUCGAGGACAUGCUGGCCGUGCCCAAGGCGGCGCUGCUUAACGACUGCGUGUGUGACGGGCUGGAGCGGCCCAUCUGCGAGUCGGUCAAGGAGAACAUGGCCCGCCUGUGUUUCGGCCCAGACGCGGGCAACGGUCCGGGCAGCAGCGGCUCGGACGGAGGCCUAGAUGACUACUACGACGAAGAAUAUGACGACGAGCCGCGCGCUGGAGCGGCGGGCGGCGAGCAGCCCCUGGACGACGACGACGGCCUGGCUCGCCCGGGCGGCGGCGCUGCUGCGGCGGGUGGCCGCGGGGACCUGCCGCAUGGGCCCGGGCGCAGGAGCAGCAGCAGCGGCAGUGGGGGCCACUGGACAACCCGAGGCGCCUGGACACCGUUUGCCUGUUUGCUGCUGCUGCUACUGCUGCUCGGGUCACUGUUGUAGAUCCUGGGCCGCGGCUGCUCAAAGCUGGUGCGCGCGGUGCGGCUGGUUCCCGAGCGGGGCACCUGUGGCUCGGAGGCCGGAGAUUGUCCGGAACACUGACCCACACUCUCCUCGGCUGGACAGGGCCCAGCCCGAACCGCAGCCACCAUGCUCGGCCCUCCUCUGAGCGGUUUCCAGGUUGCAGAGAUACCGGCUGAUCUAUAUAUAUUGCAGGCUCGAAUCUGCAGAAAGUAGGACAUCCUGCAAAAAAGCAAAGAGGCCUGGACUCUGUUAGAGUGCUGAACGGUGGGGGUCUUUUCAGCUCCAAGGGACUGGGGGGAGGGGAUGUUGAAGGAAUUAAGCUUGCAAAAAGGCCAGGGAUUUUGUUUGUUUGUUUGUUUGUUUGUUUUGCUUUCAAACACUUUUUCUGGGUGCGUGGGGGGACACGGUACUGGUAACGACUUUAAUUGCUUGUGGCCACUGAGAAACACAGCAAUCGUAAGUAAAUAGAAAAGUUCUUAGCGAUUCAUUCCUGUACUCUUGGUAGAGCAGCCAGCAUUCGCCGAGUGUGGAGCCGGCGAGAUUGCCUUGUUGGGGGUCCCUGAAAUUACGCCAGCAUUAUAACCUUAACCCUUCCCCUUUAAUUUCACUGCCACCGUUCUGAUCCCUCAGCACCACGUGUCUUAGAAUUAAGGGCCCAAAAAACGCUGGUCUAAAGAGUUACCACGGUGUUGAACAAUACAAGUUUUCACCCUAAAGCUCGGUACUGCCAUCUAGGAAAACCUCUAUGAUAUUUGUUUUGUUGCCUUUUUUUUUU